AUGGACUUUAAAACUGGUGAUUAUGGGACCCCGACUAACAUUCAAUUCCCAUUUCCACCCGGUCUAAAGGGCAUCUCAACACUAGCCCACCUGGAUGGUUUGCUUUGUAUAAGUUUACAACUGACCAAUGACUUAGUGCUAUGGAACCCAACCACAACCAAGUACAAGCUUCUUUCCACCCCCACCGGCCAAGGACUCUAUAAUAACGUCAAUGAUGCGGUUGGUCUAUACAAAGGGCCGGCGGACGACUACAACGUAUUGCAUAUAAAGAGAACAACAGGUGUGACUACAGCACAUAUCUACUCCAGGCGUUUGGGAACCUGGAGACAAAUACCUUUCGACACAAAACCCGAAUAUGCAACACGUAUGUUCAUUUGGUCACAUGGGACUUUAUGUGGAAACACUUUGUACUUCACAAUCACAGAAGAAUGGGAUGUGUUUAUAAACGUCGUAAUUGCAUUCAAUACAAUCACCGAGAAGAUUAUCGAGAUACCAUUCCCCCCAAUUCCACCGACAUCCGUUUAUGAGGGGGUUUUGGCAAAUGUACAAGACUCAUUACAAAUGCUUCUAAUGACUACAAGUGGCGGGACUUAA